UGCCAAUCGUCAGCCACUGCCAGCAGAUAAGAUUCAUGCGCAGUGACACUUUCAGUUCUGCCAGAACUAUGAUGUGGCAAGGGUGACUCCAGCAUUGCCAGACACACUUUGCCAUUCACUACAACAACAACAACACCUUAGUAUUUAUUUUUUAAAAUGGGUGCAAUUCUCAGUUAUUUCUCUGAUUUAUUCCGUGCUAAAGAACGGAGAAUUCUUAUUUUGGGCCUGGAUGGAGCUGGUAAAACUACCAUCUUGUAUAAAUUACAGGUUGGGGAGGUAGUAACCACCAUUCCUACUAUUGGUUUUAAUGUGGAGACUGUUCAGUAUAAAAAUCUGAAGUUCCAAGUGUGGGAUCUUGGUGGCCAAACAAGUAUUAGACCAUACUGGAGAUGUUAUUAUUCCAACACUGAUGCAGUCAUUUUUGUUGUUGACAGUAUGGACAGAGAACGAAUAGAAAUAUCAAAACGAGAGUUAAUGUCUAUGCUUGAGGAAGAAGAAUUAAAAAAAGCUGUUUUAAUGAUAUUUGCUAACAAACAGGAUAUUGAAGGUGCAAUGACAGUUAGUGAAGUUAGCACUGCUUUAGGGCUUCAUGCCUUGAAAAACUGGAAACAUCAAAUUCUAAAGACCUCUGCUAUAAACGGAGUUGGCUUAGAGGAAGGAAUGGAAUGGUUAGCUAAUGCUCUAACACAACAGGGAUAAUUUACUCAGUGUUGUUAACAACUCAUUAUUGUAAAUGGAAAUCAUUUGUUUGUAGAUGCCAUUUUGUCAAACUUAUGGAUAAAUACUUCUACUGCUGCUUCUGCCCACAUAAUUUCCUGUUCAAUGUAUCAUUUUUAUCUCCAUAUUUUUGACUGCUCAUCUUUUAGUAGAUCAUAGCUGUGCAGCAGGUAAAGUUUUCCAUGAUACAAUUAACGGUGUCUGCUCAUAGUUUAUACGUUCCAUAUAUGCAUACAGUUAAGCUGUGUCUAUAUAUAUCCAUGUUUGUUGAGGGCGUGUAGUAAAAGGUUUUAACCUAACAUUGUAUAAAAGAUUCUUCUUGGUAAAUAAUGUUUAAACUACUUUCCACAUGAAUAUUUAGAAAAAGUUACUUUACAGGCAUAUUUGUUCAGUUUGGAAUUUGCAUAUUCCAAAUUUGUGUAACUAAUAAGAAUAGGUAAGCAUCAGCAUAUAAAUUUCGAUUAUCAAAAUGUUUUAACAGUUUGUUUAAAGACUUUUCUCCUGAAUAUAAGUUUUGAAUUAAUUUAGAAUACUUCAAAAUUUUCUUUAUUGUAUUUAAAGACUGGGUCUAAAUUAUUUUUUUUUUUAAUAAACUAUGGCUUAUCAAAAUAGUGAAAUACUAUUUUUUUUUUUUUUUAAUUGUUAUAAGUAGUUCAGUCUUGGUGCCAUCUUCAUUUGCUGACGAGAUAAUGAUAAUUAGGUGUGUCCAAGAGGUGCAUGCGUAUGUAUUCACACAAAUUCACAAAAAUUUUCUUUUUAACACUACAUCUUCUAUUUAGUAAUCUAUCUAUCUCUAUAUAUAUUGAUUACUAAUUAAUAAAUUAUUAUGAGACAAUUUAAUUUCAAUAAUCAUUAACUAAAUAUUGAUCUAUUAACUACAAACACUAUUAUACAAAGAUUAUAAUAAAUAUAAUCAACAUUACUUUAAAAACAUCACUUUUCAAGGAUAUCUUGUGUGACUGUUCAUAUUAAAAUAGUUCAAGAGGAUGUUAUUUAUACUUGUGGUCCCAGUUUCUCUCCACAACAUUGAUAAUAAGGGUAGGAUGUGUCUUACUAUUUUCCUUCAUCUAUGGAAAUUUGAACAUUGCUAAACUAUCUUCUGAAUAAAUUAAAUUCUUAUAAUAACCAAUAGAUGGUAUUUUGUUUUAGUUUAUAUUUCCUUAAAUAUAACUGCAAUGCUAGUUGGGAUAUAAUUAUCAAUGUUUGUCUAUUGUUUCAUUUUUUUUUUAUUUACCAUAUAAUGUCAUUGAAAUAAUUUAUUGUACUUUCUUUCUUAAAAAUGUGUUCGUAAAAAGCAGUGCUUGAUUAAUGACAGUAAUUAUUAACUAUAAGUAUUUUUGUUAGACUGUCAUUAAAAUUAUUUGAUUUCAAUGUUUAAUGGAACACAAUACAAAUCUGGAUAUUUUUUGUGGUCACUUUUUAAUAAAUAUAUUGAAAAACCUA